AAUCAGACAUCUGUUCUGUUCAUCUUUUUAUUGCAUUAACACGUAUUCAGUUCGUACGCAAAACCGGAUUCAGGAUUAAUCGUAAUAAAAUAUUCGACCGAAUUACAUAAUACAAAUAACAAUAUGUAAAUACCAAUUUAUUGGCGAAAUUACAAUCAACAUCUUCUGGUCCGAUAGCACAAAACAGCAAUAAAACCUACGAGAAACCGACAAAGCAACGAAACAGUGAAUCCAAGCAUCAACAACUGAAACCGUAGUCAUCACGUGCCGAACAUACCAAAGUGUGCGAUCGACAAAAGUCCUCGAUAUUCCUGGCUGAUUGUGUUUUCUGCAAAUAGGGGAAUCACAAAACGAACAGCAGGGUGUCUUAAACCGUAUCUAAUAUAAGCAGUACAAAACAUUUUCAUCAUGUCAAUGUGUGGAGCCCAAAUAGCCUUAGCGGCUCUCAAAAAAACACCACGCAUCAGAAUUUGGUCGAUGACCAAAAAUGCAUAUUCCACACGAGUGGAAUACAAACCUAUCCGAUCCGUGCUGGUUGCGAAUCGUGGGGAAAUUGCCAUCCGUGUCUUCCGAGCAUGUAACGAAUUGGGCAUCAGGUCUGUGGCGAUAUAUUCUGAACAAGACAAAAUGCAUAUGCAUCGGCAAAAGGCAGACGAAUCUUACAUGGUAGGUAAGGGUCUAGCCCCAGUCGAAGCCUAUCUUAGCAUUCCGGAAAUUAUAAGGGUCUGUAAAGAGAAUGACGUCGAUGCCGUCCAUCCCGGCUAUGGAUUUCUGUCCGAGCGUUCCGAUUUUGCACAAGCCGUUAUCGAUGCUGGCCUCCGAUUCAUCGGCCCGUCACCAAAAGUAGUCCAACAAAUGGGAGAUAAAGUAGCAGCACGACAGGCCGCCAUUGAAGCUGGUGUACCGAUUGUACCGGGUACCGAUGGCCCAGUGACUUCAAAAGAAGAAGCCUUAGAUUUUUGCAAAAAGCAUGGUUUACCAGUUAUAUUCAAGGCUGCGUACGGCGGAGGUGGUCGUGGCAUGAGAGUGGUUAGGAAGAUGGAAGAGGUGGAAGAUAAUUUCCAGCGUGCUAGUUCAGAGGCUAAAGCUGCCUUCGGUAAUGGUGCUAUGUUCAUUGAAAAGUUUAUCGAACGACCGCGACACAUUGAAGUACAAUUACUCGGAGAUAAAGCUGGUAAUGUCGUUCAUCUUUACGAACGUGAUUGUUCAGUACAAAGAAGACAUCAGAAAGUAGUCGAAAUUGCACCUGCCCCAAGAUUACCACGAGAAGUUCGAGACAAAAUGACAGAAUAUGCUGUCAAAUUGGCCCAGCAUGUCGGAUACGCAAACGCUGGUACGGUAGAAUUCCUCUGUGACGAAUCGGGAAAUUUCUACUUUAUCGAGGUUAAUGCUCGAUUGCAGGUUGAGCACACUGUAACGGAAGAAAUCACCGGCAUAGAUCUGGUCCAAUCACAAAUACGUAUUGCCGAAGGCAUGACUUUACCAGAGUUGGGUUACAGCCAGGAAAACAUCAAACCUCAGGGCUAUGCUAUCCAAUGCCGUGUAACAACUGAGGAUCCUGCAAAUGACUUCCAACCUAAUACUGGCCGCUUGGAAGUAUUCCGAUCCGGCGAGGGAAUGGGUAUCCGUCUGGACAGUGCUUCUGCCUAUGCUGGUGCCAUCAUCUCACCUUACUACGACUCGUUGCUUGUGAAGGUAAUUUCACACGCAUCCGACCUACAAUCAUCCGCCGCCAAAAUGAACCGAGCUUUGCGCGAGUUCCGUAUUCGAGGAGUGAAAACCAAUAUUCCGUUUUUGCUUAACGUGUUGGAGAACCAAAAGUUCCUUAACGGUGUCCUAGAUACCUAUUUCAUUGAUGAACACCCACAGCUGUUCCGUUUUGCCAAAUCCAAAAAUCGUGCCCAAAAACUGCUGAACUAUCUCGGCGAGGUAUUAGUCAAUGGCCCCACUACUCCUCUCGCAACCAAGCUAAAACCUGCCGAAGUGCAGCCCCAUGUGCCUCUGCUGCCUCUGGAUCUCUCGCCAGAAGCACUUGCCGAGGAGGAGGAAGGCAAAAAAGUUACCGAUCCACCACGCGGCUUCAAGGAUAUUUUGCGCGAGCAGGGACCGGAAGGAUUUGCCAAAGCCGUACGAUCUCAGAAGAAUUUGCUGCUGAUGGACACUACCUUCCGUGAUGCGCAUCAAUCGCUUCUUGCCACCCGUGUACGGACGCAUGAUCUGUUGAAAAUUUCACCAUAUGUGUCACAUAAAUUCAACAAUCUUUACUCGCUGGAAAAUUGGGGAGGAGCUACUUUUGAUGUGGCGUUGCGAUUCCUGCAUGAAUGUCCGUGGGAACGACUGGAGGAUAUGCGCAAGCAGAUACCAAACAUUCCAUUCCAAAUGCUGCUGCGUGGUGCAAAUGCCGUUGGCUACACCAACUAUCCGGAUAACGUUGUACACAAGUUCUGUGAACUCUCGGUACAAUGUGGCAUGGACAUUUUCCGUGUGUUCGACUCUCUCAACUAUCUACCCAAUUUGAUUCUUGGAAUGGAUGCCGCUGGCAAUGCUGGAGGAGUGGUCGAAGCUGCGAUCUCUUACACUGGAGAUGUGAGCGAUCCGACCAAAACAAAGUACGAUCUGAAGUACUAUACGAAUCUUGCUGAUGAGCUGGUGAAGGCUGGAACGCAUGUGCUUUGCAUCAAGGAUAUGGCAGGACUACUUAAACCACAGGCAGCCAAGCUACUUAUCACAGCUAUCCGUGAAAAACAUCCUGAUGUUCCUAUCCAUAUCCACACUCACGAUACCUCGGGAGCAGGCGUGGCCUCGAUGUUGGCAUGUGCGGAAGCCGGUGCUGAUGUAGUGGAUUGUGCUGUAGACUCAAUGUCUGGGAUGACCUCCCAACCAAGCAUGGGUGCGAUUGUGGCCUCCUUGCAAGGAACACCGCUCGAUACUGGUUUCAAUUUACGGGAUAUAAGCGAAUAUUCUGCCUACUGGGAACAAACCAGAACUUUGUACGCUCCCUUCGAAUGCACGUCAACAAUGAAGUCUGGAAAUGCGGAUGUGUAUCUGAACGAAAUUCCCGGUGGCCAAUAUACUAACCUUCAAUUCCAAGCAUAUUCAUUAGGCCUGGGCGACUUCUUCGAAGACGUCAAAAAAGCUUAUCGGGAAGCGAAUCUACUACUUGGUGAUAUAAUCAAAGUAACUCCUUCAUCCAAAGUUGUUGGUGAUUUGGCUCAAUUUAUGGUUCAGAAUCAUCUGACUGCCGAACAAGUAACCGAACGUGCCGAAGAACUUUCAUUCCCGAAAUCGGUUAUCGAAUUUCUACAAGGAGCUAUCGGAACUCCUCACGGAGGGUUCCCGGAGCCAUUCCGCUCGCGCGUACUCAAAGACAUGCCACGCAUCGAAGGCCGUCCAGGUGCUUCCCUGGCUCCACUCGAUUUUGGCAAAUUGAAAAAGGAACUCCAAGAAUCUCAUCACGACGUCUCGGACCGUGAUGUCAUGUCAGCUGCCUUAUAUCCUCAGGUUACAAACGAUUUCCUUAACUUUAGAGACUCCUUUGGGCCCGUAGAUAAGUUAGACACACGCGUAUUCCUUACCGGACCGAAAGUCGGUGAAGAAUUUGAAGUCACAAUAGAAAAGGGUAAGACCCUAGGGUUCAAAACACUAGCCAUGGCUGAAGAUUUAACAGUUAAUGGCGAACGUGAGGUCUUUUUCGAACUUAACGGCCAGCUCCGAUCCGUUCUUAUCCGUGACAAAGAGGCUGUCAAGGAACUCCAUAUUCACCCCAAGGCAGCGAAGGGAAAUAAGGAUCAAGUGGGUGCUCCGAUGCCAGGCGCAGUUAUUGAAAUCAAGGUAAAGGUUGGAGAUCGUGUUGAAAAGGGCCAACCACUAGUAGUUCUAUCCGCCAUGAAAAUGGAAAUGGUUGUUCAAUCCCCACGAGCUGGCGUAGUAAAGAGCCUGGACGUCAGCGAUGGUAUGAAGCUAGAGGGAGAGGAUCUAAUUCUAACGCUCGAAUAGGUCGGAUAGAGAACUUAGCCGUUCAAAAUGGAAUGGAAGUUCAAUGGGAAUCGUGCUCUCGAUAAUUGCACCUGUUGUUAGAACUUAAAAAUGGGGAAAAGUGAUAAAGGGUUUAUCUUCUGUGAAAAAGCUAGAAAGUGAAUAUAUACUUAAAGUUUCCGUCGUGUGUCUUUGUUCAUGUUUUAAGCAUAUGCACGACUUUAGGUCUUUACAUUUUUUUGCUACCAAUGUUUUGAAAAAUAUUCAAAUGUAAUAAAAAUGUAUGCUUAUUUUA